UUAUUAAUGCACUACAAUACGUUUUAACUCAGAAUUCAAGUUGGUACGUGUUAGAAAUCGUAUUUUUCAGCGCUGCGCUCACUGCAGUCGUGUGCGUGCGAGUGUGCGAUGCUGAUUGGAUGAUACGCCGCAGUCGAGGUUGAAUGGUGACACGGGGCAGGCCACUCUCUAGUAACAACGGCGCCACGGCGAAGGGGAUAACACGCACGCUACGCGCACCGUAUAAAGGGAGCCAGCCACCACUAGGAUUAAUCAAACACUGUGAUCUACUUAGCAAAUAAAAUUUGAAGGAAACUAAACCAACCAACACAACGUAGUAAAAAUGUUUAUCUGGGAUUGGUUUACGGGAGUUUUAGGAUAUUUAGGCUUGUGGAAGAAGUCCGGCAAGCUGCUGUUCCUCGGCCUGGACAAUGCCGGCAAGACGACGCUGCUACACAUGCUCAAGGACGAUAGGCUCGCCCAGCACGUACCCACAUUACAUCCCACAUCCGAGGAAUUGUCCAUUGGAAAUAUGAGAUUCACCACAUUCGAUUUAGGCGGACACACUCAAGCGAGACGAGUAUGGAAGGAUUACUUCCCUGCGGUGGACGCCAUUGUUUUCUUGAUAGACGCCUACGAUCGCAACCGCUUCCCCGAGAGCAAAAACGAGCUCGACUCGCUGCUGACGGACGAGACGCUACUCAACUGUCCGGUGCUCAUUCUCGGCAACAAGAUUGACAUGCCAGGCGCGGCGUCCGAGGACGAACUUAGGAACUUCUUCUCGCUGUAUGGCGUGACAACGGGAAAAGGAAAAGUAGCAAGAAAUGAAUUGCAAGGCCGUCCGCUGGAGUUAUUUAUGUGCUCCGUACUUAAGCGGCAGGGCUACGGCGAGGGCUUCCGCUGGUUGGCGCAGUACAUCGACUGAACACAACCGAUCCGAUAACCAAACACCUCUCCCUGAAAAUGUUGAACACUAUCUUCUACACACAGAAACCGAAACAAAAUAGAGCCACACUUUCCGAAAGCCAUAAUCUCCUACAAAAAACAGCAGAAAAACACACACAAGAGACAAAAACAAGCGAAACCUAGAAUUAGCGGUACUUUAAUAUUACAUUACUAUUAAUAAAAUAAUUUAAACAAA